AAAAAAAAAAUCACCCCAGCGUCACGGACCGGUGCAGCAGCAGUGUGUUCCUUGAGCAGGGAGGGCUGAACGGAAAGCAACACCGGCACCUUUUCUACCCAGCAUCUUCAACUACCGACACCGAACUCGAGUGGGAACACACAGCUACACUCAGACUGUCCUCCGCCCCCUCAAAAUGUCCGUAGGCAGUGACUUUGGAAACCCUUUAAGAAAAUUCAAACUCGUCUUUCUGGGGGAGCAAAGUGUUGGAAAGACGUCUCUGAUCACACGGUUCAUGUAUGACAGCUUUGACAACACAUAUCAGGCCACAAUUGGAAUUGACUUCCUGUCGAAAACCAUGUACUUGGAAGAUCGAACGCUUUCUCUCUCUGAACCCCAGGUGAGGUUGCAGCUCUGGGACACAGCAGGACAAGAGCGUUUCAGGAGCCUCAUUCCCAGUUAUAUACGGGACUCCACUGUGGCUGUGGUGGUCUACGACAUUACAAAUGUUAAUUCAUUCCAGCAGACGUCAAAAUGGAUCGAGGAUGUGAGAACAGAGAGAGGAAGUGAUGUCAUCAUUAUGCUUGUCGGCAAUAAAACAGAUCUGGCAGAUAAGAGGCAAAUUACAAUUGAAGAAGGUGAACAGAGGGCUAAAGAGCUGAGCGUCAUGUUCAUAGAGACCAGCGCCAAGACGGGUUACAACGUCAAACAGCUGUUUCGACGUGUGGCAGCUGCUCUUCCAGGAAUGGAAAGUAUGCAAGAAACAAGCAAAGAAGGGAUGAUCGACAUCAAGUUGGACAAGCAGCAGGAGCCCCAGACUACUGAAGGCAGCUGUUCCUGUUAACUCAGCACCGUGCUGGAUCAAAACAACAUCAUUUACACCACAUGCUUGUUAUGUUGCUUCCUAUUGGUUAACCUGCAGUUGACUUUGCACGUUGAGAAUCUGGCCUCCUCACCUGACUACUGGUCAUCGGUUGGAACCAGCAAUAUGUGAAUUUGGUUCUAAGUAGUGUAGCCUACUCUGUUAAGGAAACUGCCAAAAGAUCUUACAACUUGCUAAAAAAAAAAGACAAAGAUGUGAAAAAAAGAUUCCCAAGUUACAUAUGUAUGUAAGUAGAAAAGGAAGUUCCCCCAGUUUCUUUUUUGUAUUUUUGUAUAUUCAGGGAAAUCUCUCUGGAACGGUUGUUUUUUAAAAAGAUGCAAACAACCAUGCUCUGUAUUUGAGAGCUUAAACAGAUGGUUUUAGACGUAUUUUUAUGGAUCCCACUCUGUUUAUAGGCAAAAAUGGGGAUUACCUAAACAUACCCAGUUUUAAAGGUCCCAUAUUGUAAACAGUGAGAUGUCUUUUUCGAUUAUAAAGCAGGUUGAGGUGCUAUAUAAAUAAAAGUCAAAUCAAAACGCUCAAUCCACAGCCCGUAAUCAGAAACCGUGCCUUUAAACCAGCCAUCUGAAUCUCUGUACGGUUGUGAUGUCGCAACAGUACCGUUACAGUCAGUCCUCGGCUGCAAUAGCAGUGCAGAGACUCAGAGGGCACAUUCUGAAGACCCAGGCAACACUGACCAAUCAGAGCAGACUGGGCUUUUUUUAGGAGGGGGGCUUAAAGAGACAGGCGCUAAAACAAAGCGUUUCAGACAGAGGGUGAAUACAGGUAUAUUCAGACAGACAGUAUGAGAAAAAUAAUGUGAUUAUUGAGCAUUAAAGCAUGUAAACAUGUUCUAGUCGAAACCCAAAAUACAAGUAGGAACCUGAAAUUCAGCAUCAUUUGGGACCUUUAAUCUUUAACCGAAUCCACAACGCUCCUGCCCAUAACCCCUGUGGGAUCCAUGACUUUGCGUUCUGAUCAUUACAGUAACUGAACAGUAACAUCUUGAGUAUCUAAUGCAUGCCUAGUUUUUGAGCAUAGGUACUGUCUACCAGUGUACACACGUUUGAAUAUGUAAAUGGUAACAUUACACCAGUGACUUAAUGCACUCUGAUAAUGACUAGUCUUUUUGUUUAAACUGUUGAACUGGAUUUGUAUACUUGACUUCAGAAUAUUUCUUUGUUGUGUGUGUGUGUGUGUGUGUGUGUGUGUGUGUGUGUGUGUGUGUGCUUUCUGUAUAGACAACAUUAGAAUGCAGUUAUAUAGGGGGCCACUGCCAAGUCGUGUCAUUCUUGCCACAUUACGGCACCAUUUAGCUCACCAUUUGUUUGCGAUAUGUCCUAGAUUCCCCCCCCCCCACUCACAGCCAUAUGACAUCUGCCGCUGCAUUGUGUGAUAUCUUGGUAGUUGUGAUUAUGGUAGUCUGCACUUGUGCUGUAGGUGAGCAGUGGCCUUGUGCCACAGAGGAACAUGAACACAAAGUUCCCCGUGUGGUGAUCUGUAGACUUAAACGCCGGUUCUGUGAUCAAAACAGACCGCUAACAUUGUAAACCAGUUCUAUUCCUGACAGAAGACUAAUUUGCACAUAGACCUUUCAGGUGAAUAUGAAGUUAUGAAAAGCUUCAUUGUAAAUGUACAUUCACUUAGUUGAAGAACUGUCUGAUUGUAAUGUGACGUGUGGUUUUCUUUGCUGCUUGUGUUUAAACGGACUACUGAUGUUGGCAUUAUACAAUGUUUUUAGAGCCAGGUAACAUAACCUACUGGUCAGCCAGUGUUGAGAACACUACUUUGAUUUGACUCGUCUUUGAAGUGAAUUCUUACUGCACUUUUGAAGAACAUGUUUUAGAAUUAGUGAGUGACAUUGUAAGUCUUAGAAACAUGGUUACAUCUUUAUCUCCAGAACAUUUGGAGAACUGUGUCUUAGAGUAGACUCAAAUGUUUAUGAAUUGUUCACACAUGUCCAAAAAAGGAGAGCACUCUUGCAAAAAAAACAUCAACUAGUGAACCUUUCUAACCCAUAUAAUAAGCCAAAUAGUAAUAAUAAUAAAAAAGAGACAGAGUUGGAUCAAAUAUCACAGGAGAUAUUGACUGGAACACACUGUCUUGUGGGUUUGGGAAUGACAACAGGUUGCAUUUCAAGUUCUAAUCCCUCGAAGUGAAAGAAGAAACAAUAAUGUAUGAACCCUCUGUGUUACCUAUUUAUUACCUCCCAACAGGAAUGUACUGCUCCCAUUACGACCACACAGCCUUGGAAGGAGAGCACUUCUUGAGAAAUGACUCGAUGGGUAUUUAUCUGUAAAUUACAACAAAUAAUGAAUCAGUUACUAUAGACCUUUCCUUUGUAUUUAUUUUCCUUCCAUAUUAAAGUCCCAUUUCAGCAUUCCCUGGAACUGGACCAAGUAGUGCAACAAAUGUCUUAGCGUGUCGGGGGUCUGCGUACCGUUUGAGGAUGGAGGCCAUGGCCAUUCCCUGGGGGGUGGGUGGGGGGUGUAUGUUCUGUCACAGCUCUGUGCAGCAGACCUGAUCAGUCUAGAGCUGGCUCUCCAUUCACACUGUACAGAGAUCUAGCAUGUCUCUCCAAAUGAUUAAUAAAGAUGUCUUAUUACCAACUCA